AAAUGACGUGCUCUUUAAUAAGACAAGCCGGAAGCAGUGUAGGGUAAAGGUAAACUCACGUGCACAACAUGAAAAAUACAAAAAAGCACAACAAUGUGUCCAAAAAGACUAAAUUCAAGCCAGGAUCCAAGAAAAGAGAAAACAAAUGCAUCGUAAUGUUUGACGACAAAGAAAGACAGGAGUAUUUAACUGGUUUCCAUAAGCGAAAGGUGGAAAGGAGGAAGGCAGCAGUGGCAGAAAUUCGAAAGAAAAUCAAGGAUGAGCAGAUCAGAGUCCGAGAAGAAAGGCAUAAGGAAUACAUAAAGAUGCUGAAGGAGAGGAAAGAAGCUCUUGACGCUGCUGAAGAUGAUCUGGAAGAUAUGAUAACCAGUACAACAGAGUCUGUGCAGUACGAUCACCCCAACCACACCGUCACCGUGACAACCAUCAGUGAUCUUGACCUCACAGGGGCUCACCUGCUUGGACCUGCGGCAAUUCAGGUUAAUGGGGAGGGCGAGGAUGAAGAAAAGGGGGAGAAAGAGGAGAAAACAACUGCAAUGCCAAGAAAAGCUGGGAAUCCAAUCAUCAACAAAAAGAUCCGCUCCCUAACUGCGUCGCUCAGCACGUGCACCACCAAGCGGAAGGGGAAGGGGAAGGGGAAAGGGAACCAGGAAGGCCGAGGAGGACGAGGCCGUCAGACAUACAAGAGACCCGGGGCCACAGAGAGUAAAAAAAGAACCGGAAAGACCAGCAAGUGGCAGAGACGUCGACAGACUGGGAAAAGGGUGCAUUAUCGGGACGAGAGAUGAAGAGUGUGUGGAAAAAUAUAACGUGGGGUUUGAACUGUGAAGAGAAUUGAUUUCUUGUGUCAGUGUCCCACAGACUUUGGAGUAUUUAUGUUCCUGUGUUUGAGCAGGACAUGUAUAUGCUGAGAAGUUUGUAAAAUGAACACGAGCUGAUGUGGACGCUCAGUGACUGUAGCGUGUUGGACCGUCUAUCAUGACAUCGCUCAAUAUUUCCACAGCACCUGCCUCUUGAAAUCUUGUGCUCAAAUUUGUACAUUUUUCAAAGCAAAACUGUUUUUGUUGUGUUAUUUCUUAAACGUAUACAAACUACUGUUUUUGCCCACAUUUUCAUUAAAUAAAAGAUUAAUCUUCUAAAUAA